AUGGUAAAACCGCAGCACAUAAGGAAGCCUGAGUUCAAUGAAAGAUACUACAUCUGUCGUGGCACUGGUAGAUACUACAGUAACUUUAACAUCACCGUCAAGUAUGAUAGAGUCAUCAGCAAAAGUCACUUGUCAACUGCAUUGAGGUCUCUCAUUUUAAAGAAUAGCUGGCUCACCCACAACUUUUUCAAAGUGGAAGGUACCGACAGUAGAAAGGAAAACUUUCACAAUUGGAGGGUGCAGGUUAUCGACAAGAUUACAUUUGAAGAUGUAGUGACAUACAAAAAGAUUGAGCGAUUUGAUGAAUCUGUUCUUCAAUAUUUAAAUGGAUUAACAUUAGACAUGAAUGUUCAGAAGCCUUUGUGGAGAAUCAUUGCGUUUGAAGAGAGUAAUGGGGACCAAUUGUUGACGGUUUAUGUGGACCACUCACAGUACGACGGAUUAUCCGCUGUUCAAUUUCAAAAGGAUUUAUCAAAAGAGUUGGAAGUAGUAGUUGAUGAUGAUCAUAUCGAAGAAACUUUAUUUGAAUACACUUCUGAUUUUGACCACCUACCACUAAACCCCAUUCCUGCAGCAGAAGUUGUUACCGACUUGUAUGUCCCUAGUUAUGGCAGUGUGUUAAACCACUAUUUGGAGCUGUAUUUUCCAUUGUAUUCAAAGUUGUCGAGUUGGAUUUACUCAACACGAGAUGACAAUGUGCCACUAUUUUGUAACCCUACUCCAGUAAAAAGAGAUUUGACCUCCAAGUACAAGAUAAUGAAGUUUGAUGGACAAAAGAUUGGUGAAAUUACCAAAUUUUGUAGAUCCAAAGGGGUUACAUUAACCGGCUACUUUGACGUUUUCUUCAUCAAGGCUUUGCAAGAAACAAUCUUUAAAGCAAUUGACCCUAAAAAUCGAUUCAAAACAAACUCCUACGUUGCUAUCAAUGGCCGAAGAUACUACGGUGACGAUAUUAAGGAGUUCAAUUACGGAACUAUGGUAUGUGGCGAUCCUAUAAUCCUCCCUCCAAUUGAUGAUCCAUUAAGAGCUAUGCGUGCCUUCCACAGCCAAUUACAAGUAGAUAUAAAAUCCAAAAAAGGCUUUAAAACUAUUGGAAUGUUACAAUACACUGACCUUUGGAAUUUCUUUAAUAAUAAAAUUGGAAAAAUUGGCGGCCGUCCUACAAUUACCAUAUCUAACCUUGGAAAAAUCGCUGAUUCCAAUGAUUCAUAUCAUUUUAAGGACAUGUAUUUCGGGGCAAAUGCUGGUGUUAUGUACAACUUUGUUUUAAAUAUGACUACGGUGUCAAGUAAUGAGUUGACUGCUGUGAUUGCCUACUUGCCAGAAUUUGAAAGCUACAGUAUUGAUGGCGAGAAUGCGAUCCACAGGUUUCUUAAUUUAUUUAGAUUUUAUAUUGAAAAUGGUACCAAAUAG